GUCUGUACUUCACUUAUCAAAUAUAACAAUUAGAGUGGAGCGGUCGUCCCCUUUGUUUCUCCGGAUUCAUCGGGCAAGAAACGGGAAAAAGAAAGAAGUAAUUUUAUUUGAUCUUUUUGUAUAUACUAUAUAUAAAUAUAUAAAGAGCAAAUAGAUAACAGAAGAGGAGACGAAGGAAAAUAGGAAUAGGAAUCGGAAUCAGAAGCGAGCAAAGCGGCAAUUGAUUGGCUGAGAAUCGAAGACGAAGGUGAGCCAGAGUAUAUGGGGGCAAGUGGCAGUUUCUUGGACGAUCUUCUUAGCUGGUUUCAACGUCGCCAUUUCACCAUCUCUUCUUCCUCUUCUAAUAAUACUACUCAAAUUAGUAAUAACAAUAAUGAUAUUAUUAUUGUCGAUGAACAUCAUCAGCAUCAUCAUCAUUCAACUCCUGCACUGACAACUCUGACUCAAAAACAACCACCACAACAACAACAAUUCGUUGUUCAGGAUUUAGAUUAUUCUUCCCUCGAUCUCAUCAAAGUUCCUAACCUUCUUAUUAAUUCCAUGGAGAAAAAGGGUGCAGCUGAAAAUGAAUUUUUCACUGAAUAUGGAGAGGGAAGCCAAUAUCAAAUUCAGGAGAUUAUUGGGAAAGGAAGUUACGGAGUUGUUGCUUCUGCAGUUGACACCCACACGGGUGAAAAGGUUGCGAUAAAAAAAAUUAAUGAUGUCUUUGAGCAUGUCUCUGAUGCAACACGGAUUUUGAGAGAAAUCAAGCUGCUGCGGUUGCUUCGGCAUCCAGAUAUUGUAGAAAUAAAGCAUAUUAUGCUCCCUCCAUCUCGACGGGAAUUUAGAGAUAUUUAUGUUGUUUUUGAGUUGAUGGAAUCUGAUCUUCACCAAGUAAUUAAGGCCAAUGAUGACUUAACUCCUGAGCAUCACCAGUUUUUCUUAUACCAGCUUCUUCGCAGUCUGAAGUAUAUACACUCAGCAAAUGUAUUCCAUCGAGAUUUAAAACCAAAGAACAUCCUUGCUAAUGCUGAUUGUAAGUUGAAGAUUUGUGAUUUUGGGCUUGCACGAGUGUCGUUUAAUGAUGCCCCAUCAGCGAUUUUUUGGACUGACUAUGUAGCAACCCGUUGGUAUCGUGCUCCUGAACUCUGUGGAUCCUUUUUCUCCAAAUACACUCCUGCAAUUGAUAUAUGGAGCAUAGGAUGCAUAUUUGCUGAGAUACUUACAGGAAAACCACUAUUUCCUGGAAAAAAUGUGGUGCACCAAUUGGAUCUCAUGACCGAUACACUUGGCACACCCCCUCCUGAAUCCAUAUCAAGGAUUAGAAAUGAAAAGGCAAGGAGGUACCUUAGUAGCAUGCGUAAAAAGCAACCAAUUCCUUUCUCACAGAAGUUCCCUAAUGUGGAUCACCUGGCUCUUCGCCUACUUGAGCGCUUACUUGCAUUUGAUCCAAAAGAUCGUCCCACAGCUGAAGAAGCAUUAGCUGACCCAUACUUUUAUGGUUUGGCAAAUGUGGAUCGUGAACCAUCUACACAACCUAUUUCAAAACUAGAAUUUGAGUUUGAGAGAAGGAAAUUGACAAAAGAUGAUGUUAGAGAGCUGAUUUAUCGAGAGAUAUUGGAGUAUCAUCCCCAGAUGCUGCAGGAGUAUCUUCGCGGUGGGGAUCAGACCAGCUUUAUGUACCCAAGCGGUGUUGAUCGAUUCAAGCGACAAUUUGCACAUUUGGAGGAACAUUAUGGUAAAGGUGGUGAAAAAAGUACUCCGCUUCUAAGACAUCAUGCUUCUUUGCCUAGAGAAAGAGUUCCCGUUCCCAAGGAUGAGAAUGCUGAUCAAGAUAUUGAUGGUGAGAAUUCAACUUCAAUAUCUCAGGUAGAUGGUUCGAACGCAAAUGCGGAAGGGCAAGAUGGCUCUAACAAACUAAAUAGUGCUCGUAGCCUAGUCAAGAGUGCUAGCAUUAGUGCCUCCAAGUGCGUUGGUGUGCAAGCAAAAGACAAUUCCGAGGAUAACCCAGAUGAAGCCACUGAUGAGACAGCUGAUGUCUUGUCUCAGAAGGUUGCAAAUCUUAAUGCUUGACUGAAACUUGCAAAUCGACUUUCGAAAGAUAUAGUUGGCUUGGUGCACCCGUUUUUGCCCUGACCAUUUGGAAGAGAUUAUUUUGUAGUGAUUUGCACCAAACCCUUUACUUCAUUUUCUUCUGACAGAAGCUAACAAUAGAACGGUGACAUUCGUGUUAACGCAGUGCACAGAGAAAGACUUCACCUAUCACAUUACUCUAUUUUACAUUUGAAGAAACCAAGAGAUGAUGUAUUUGUUCUAUUGUGAACUUCAGAAAUGCCAUGUUUAGGGACUAAGAAUUUUGAUUUUAAAGAAGAAACAAAAAAGAACACACUGUAUACUAUUUCCACUUUGAAUCACAGUCGUGCUUAAAAA